CCCCGCCCCGCCUGCAAGAUGCCCGAGGAGCUGCGCUUCUCCGAGGAGCUGGCGGCCGCCACCGCGCUGGACCUGGGCGCCCCCAGCCCCCCCGUGGCCGAGGAGGCUGCCUUUGCCCUGCCGCUGAUGGCCGAGGCGCCGCCGGCCGGGCCGCCCAAGGAGACCGGCGGCGGCGGGCUGGAGCUCAAGCCUGAGCCCUUCGAUGAGCUGCUUUUCUCCACGGGGCCGCGGGAGGCCUCCCGCUCCGUGCCCGACAUGGACCUGCCUGGGGCCUCCUCCUUCUACGCCUCGGACUGGGAGUCGCUGGGGGCCGGGACCAGCGGUGAGCUGGAGCCCCUCUGCACCCCUGUGGUGACCUGCACCCCCUGCCCCAGCACCUACACCUCCACCUUCGUCUUCACCUACCCCGAGGCGGACGCCUUCCCCAGCUGCGCUGCCGCGCACCGGAAGGGCAGCAGCAGCAACGAGCCCUCGUCCGACUCCCUCAGCUCCCCCACCCUCCUGGCCUUGUGAGGGGCUCCAGCACUGACUGAUCCGCCGGGCCCCCUCCCCUGCCUGCGCACCCCCACGGACUCG